AGCAUUUAAAGAUAAGCUGGCUCAAUGAGACCCCUUCUGCAACUCCAAGAUUGAAAUAAAAAUUAAAAAGAAAAAGUUUUUUUCCUGGUUCAACUUUUUUUUUUUUUUUAAAUAAAAAGGCAAAGGGAAAUUAAAAUGAAUGAAUAAGAAACCAACCCUUUGCUGUUCGAUGGUGGUUUCCUGGAGACUGCUGAGAAGAUGUUUCUGGUUGGAGCUGGCUGAAGCUAUUGUCCGACUGCAUUGAAUCCAAAUCCUAUCUUUCACUAUUCCUUCUCCCAUUUUUCUUUUUCUUCCUUUUUUCUCCUUAAAAAUAUCCCCCUAUUGUGACCUUGGCCAGCUGGGUUUCUGUGGUUUCAUGUGUGUCCAUUUAGCCUGCCUUUGAGAUCUCCCCAUGGCUGCAUCAGAAGAAGGGACUGGUUGCUUUCUGCCGAGAGGCAGGUCUCAGAGUGACCCCAGCAUCCUCACUGACACCUCUACCACUGAAGCCGGAGAGAGCCCAGAUGAGAUGGACCAGUCUCCUGCAGUACGUUCCGAAUAUCUGGUCUCAGGGAUUCGCACUCCCCCAGUGAGGAGGAACAGCAAACUGGCCACCUUAGGCAGGAUCUUUAAGCCCUGGAAAUGGAGAAAAAAGAAAAAUGAAAAGCUGAAACAGACUUCAUCAGUGUUGGAAAAGAAGAUCGCCACGAGGCAAGGUCGGGAUGAACUCAUUAAAAAGGGCCUACUGGAGAUGAUGGAGCAAGAUGCUGAAGCCAAAGCAUGCAGUGCUGAUGCUGGCACUAGAGCAACGCAGAGUGAUCCUUCAACCCCCAAAUGCCAGGCCUUUACCUCAGAAGAGAUGCAGCAAGAAAGCUCCAUAGCAGAAGCAGCAGCUGCCACAGAUCAGACCUCACUUGACAAGGAGCUGCACUCAGAGGAACAGAAAGAAGAUGCAGCCAAGCUGCCUUCACCAUCUAGUGAAGAAUUAGAGGAUGUCAGCCUGUCCUCUGUGGAAGAGUCUGCCCAAGCCUUACCUAUUUCUGAAUCCACAGACUCCCCCCAUAAACACAUGGAGAGAAACCCAGCCCAGCUCCCCAGCCCCCCACGGCUUCCAGUCCCACCACCGAAGUCAGUCUCCAAUAAAACCAAUAAAAAUGUAACAGCAGAGAGUGACCCGGAUGAUGUCCCAGUGAAAUCCCCUCCUUCCACAAUCCUGAAGAAUUAUGUUGUUGUUGGUUCCUCCCAAAUCUCAGGACAAGCUACCCUCUUCCAAGCCUCUGGCCAGAAAAUUUCUGAACACCACCUUAGAGGACAGCAUUCCACACCCACAGGAUCCCCUCAUCUUGCUGCUGUCCAUAGGCCCCUGCCUCCUAGCAGAGUCAUCGAGGAACUCCACCGAGCUUUGGCAACUAAACAUCGCCAGGAUAGCUUUCAAGGAAGAGAGAGUAAAGGGUCGCCAAAGAAACGAGUAGAUGUACGUCCAUCCAGGACCUCCAGUAUUGAACGAAGCAAAGAGAAGGAAAAUGUACUGAGCUGUGAUGGGGGUUCAGAGAACAAAUGGAACUCAGUUAAAGAAUCUGAUGAAAACAAAGAAAACAUGAUCAUGAAUUCAGAACUCAAGGACGAUACACUUUUAUAUCAGGAUGAAGAAGCUUUGAAUGAUUCCAUUAUCUCUGGUACAUUACCAAGAAAAUGUAAGAAAGAACUUUUGGCAGUGAAGCUAAGAAACAGACCAAGUAAACAGGAAUUAGAAGACAGGAACAUUUUUCCAAGGAGGACUGAUGAGGAAAGACAGGAAAUCCGGCAGCAGAUUGAAAUGAAACUUUCUAAACGACUGAGCCAAAGACCUGCUGUGGAGGAACUAGAAAGAAGAAAUAUCCUGAAACAAAGGAAUGAUCAGACAGAGCAGGAGGAAAGACGGGAAAUCAAACAGCGAUUGACCAGAAAGCUGAAUCAGAGACCCACAGUUGAUGAACUACGAGACAGAAAAAUUUUGAUCCGAUUCAGUGAUUAUGUGGAAGUAGCAAAAGCACAGGACUAUGACAGACGAGCAGACAAGCCUUGGACAAGAUUAUCAGCUGCAGAUAAGGCAGCGAUUCGUAAAGAACUAAAUGAAUACAAAAGCAAUGAAAUGGAGGUACAUGCAUCAAGCAAGCAUUUGACAAGAUUCCACAGGCCAUAGAGAUUUUCUUCUGAGAAGAAUUUGUCAAUUUUUGAUACCACCACUGAUCUUUCAUCAGGGAACUUCCCCGAAGUUCUGCUCACGAUAACCUGAUGUUUAUGUGAGCCACGCAGGACUGCACAGGGCUUCCAUCUGAUUUCCAGAAAGGGUGCUAUCUAAAAACAGCUACAUAUGGAAUGAAAAUGAACUUAUACCUCCCUGGGUAAUUUUUUAGAUUCAAAGGUAAAAAUGCAAGAGAAUGAAUCCCUUCUGGUAGAAUUUUGGACCUGUGCCCUAGAAAUAUUGGGCAGAGGGCCAUCUACAAUCUGAAAAGCCAUUUAGCCUUAUCCAAGAAUCCCUGUCUCUCUAAUUCUGCCAAAAUAAAUUUCCAUUCUUCUAAAUACAGACUUAUUAGAUUCCAUAUAACUUAGGAGAAAGAUAAGUUUAAUAAAAAAUUUUGUCAUGUUAAGAUAAUUAGUUCAUGAUUUAUACUUAUUUGAAAAUAACAAAGAUUAAAAACCAGCACUAAUAAUCAAAAUCAAUUAAGUUAGCUUUAUAAUUUACCAAUGAGGCUAGACCUAAGAGCAGGUGGAGAGUAUCACUUAUGCAAUUCUAUGUGAAAAAAGCUGGGGAGUUUUCUUGGAAAGACAUGACAACAUUUAAUGGAAGUUCCCUGGAGAGGGACUAGAGUAUUGCAGACAUUCUAUAACUGGUUCCAGUUGCUAACUAUAUAGUGGAUGACAGUCUCUUUGAUUGGAUGUGAUUGUGGAACCAGAAAUAGAUCCCCAGAAGUAGGGACGACUUAAAAAGACCUUUGUCAGCCUCAUCUUCUUCCUUCUUGAUUGGACCUUUUAAAAUUCUCUGAUAAUUUUCAGUGAGAGAUAAUAUUGUAAGGAAGAGGCCUCUUGCCCCUGUUCCCUCCAAGGCUGACAUGUAGCUUUGUGAAUAUGAUAUUGGUUCUUUCAUUUUUGGUGAAGUUGAAUGCUACAAUCUUGUGAGUUUCUCACUAUAUGCUCAGAGAGCCAGGGCUCAUUGACCAGACCCCUAUUAUAAAACCAUAGUAUCUUUCAUUAGAUAAUUGAUCACAUUUGGCAGUUCCUUUAAAAAAUAAGAAUUAUUUUACCUACCAGCUGUUAGUUAAUAAGCAAAUAGUAUUAAAGUGUUUACUUUGUGUCAGGCACUAUGCUAAAUGUUGAGGAAACAGAAAGGUAAUACCUCCGUUCUACUCCCCAUCCCCCAAAAACCCAAAACAAAACAAUAAAACAAA